AUGAUUUCAGAGAAUUGAACAAACUGGACAUACCCAGCGCGCAUUCGCUCAAGUUUUGGCUACAUGAAACCAUUUUUGCAGAGCAAACCCAUUCCCCUCCGCCAGCAUUCUAACCGAUGUGCUCGGCAUGCUCUGCUGAUGCCCGCAGGAAUUACCGCAGGAGUUGUUGCAGUCCCCCAAACCCUUCUCAAACGAACGGAUUACAGACAGUACCAGCUAGAGAUCCUCGGUAACGGUGCCUGACUUUUGCUGGCCGGGUAGCUGCGCGGGACGAGAGAUGAGUUCCCUCCUCUCUACACUAGUCAUGUUAUCUGUCCAGGCUUUACUGGUGGUCUGCAGCCCCCUGCAGGUCUUAGCGCAUGACCAUGUUAAUUUCAGCGUAUACGUGGAGAAUCAGACACGGGGUCGAGACGCCAUGAGUCGCCGGCAGCACAGAGUGUACCAGCUGUACAGCAGGACAAGUGGCAAACACGUGCAGGUGAUGGGGAGGAGAAUCAGUGCCAAGGGAGACGAUGGGGAUAAAUAUGCCCAGCUUGUUGUGGAGGCUGAUACCUUUGGAAGUCAGGUGAGAAUCCGUGGUAAAGAGACCAACUUCUACCUGUGCAUGAACCAUCGAGGCAAGCUUGUGGGGAAGAAGGCUAGUAAUCGCAGUGCAGACUGUGUCUUCGUUGAGAUGGUGUUGGAGAACCACUAUACAGCUCUGAUGUCAGCACGCUAUACGGGCUGGUACGUGGGCUUCACCAAGAGGGGGCGCCCCAGGAGAGGCCCUCAGACACUGCCCAACCAGCAGGACGUUCACUUCAUGAAGCGCCUGCCCCCCGGGGAGCAGCCCGACCUGCAGCCCUUCCGCUUCACCACGGUCAGCAAGAGAAGCAAGAAAGUGAGAGGGACCCGACCCACAGCCACUACAGCACCUACAUAGUCAAUGCCACACAACAUACCCAAAUGACUUGACAACUGUCCUCCCCUGUGUGAAUUGAAUGUAAGGAGUUUGCUGGGCUGAACCCAGGUAAAGACCUAAGUGGUGCAUAGUACAAUAUGUGCAUCUAAAGACUUGGAGCUAAACAAUCUGACCACAUCAGGGAAGAUGUUGUCCUUGCCCUUUACCUCCCCAUUCCAGAGACAGUGUUGUCUCAAAGACUGUUGAAUUACAAUGUACAGUGCCAACCAUUCUUGUUAGGCCACAGAAGACAGCUAUACUCAGUGUUUGUUUCCAGAGGCACUAAAGUUGAGCUGCCAAAGACGACUGAACCAUAGCGUUCAAUACCGAAUAUCCGUGUUUUUAACAUCCCAAAGACAACUGGUCAACUGUUCAGUACCAAACACCCGAACCACCAAAGGUGACUGUAGCGUGUA